CACUGGGGACAGCUCCCGACUCUUCCAUUCGAUCCCCUACCUGGGACACUCGAUAUGGCCAUUGUCUGAGACCAGAAAGCACGGCCAGUGUCGAUGAGUAUUGAACGGAUGCUGUAUAUAAGUGCCACAACUCCUUCCACAAUGUCUCAUUUUCCUCCCAUCUAUCAAUAUUGCAAUCAUUUGACACGCUCUACCCAAUUGUGCAUUGUCUUUGUCCGUAUCAAUUUGGCUCAUGAGCUUCUGGAAACCUUGACAAUAUCUCCCCAAGUCUCGAGGACAAGAACGACAACAAGAUGCUUGCUGCGGUUUGCUUGGCCUGUGUCGCCCUCUUCGCCGUCUUCCAACCCCUUCUCAGCUACCUCAACGAUGCCAAACAUCUUCGCAAGUUUCCAGCCCCUUCAUAUGCGGCUUUUUCCAGCCUUUGGCGAAUCAGGCACAACAUCAACAAACGUCACUUUGUGGCAAUUCAUCAAGCUCACCGGGACCUUGGAACCCAUGUUCGGAUCGCUCCAAACCACAUCUCGAUUUCGGAUCCCAAGGCUAUGAACGACAUCUACGGUCACGGGGCUAAUUUUCUCAAGGACGCCUGGUACGAUGGCGGGGCUGGUGAACACCGAAACAUGGGGGACACGAGGGUCAAGGCCGAACAUCAAGCGAAACGGAAAAUGUUUGCCCACGUUUUUGCCCAGAAGACCAUUGCGAGCUUGGAACCCGUUGUCACCCAGAAGGCGGCCAUGCUGGUACACGAGAUCGACCGAAAGGCGGAAGCCGGCCAAGAAAUCAACAUCAGGCGUUAUCUCAACUACUUCACCAUCGACCUCAUCACGGAACUUCUCUAUGGAGAGUCCCUUGGCUGCCUCGAGCGUGGGGACGACGUGGUCGACGCCGAGACGCGCGAGGGCAAGCUCUACAAAACCGGGCUGAUCCAAUCCCUGCACCGUGCGAUGAGCAUCAACACCGCCCUCGGAUUCGAAGCUCCUCUCCUUCCGUACACCAAGAAGCUGUUCGCCUGGCAUCCCUACCGACGAGCCGGCGCGGACUUUGAAAACAUCGUCUACCACAACACCAUGAAACGCCUCCGGAACGCCGCUGCCGGCGGCGGCGGCGGCGGCGGCGGCGACGACUUUUUCCAGAGGCUCAUGGUGAACAGCCGAGGCGAGAGGCUCGAUCUCUCCAUGGGCGAGAUUCUCGCCGAAUGCGGCGUGAUCAUGAACGCGGGCAGCGACACGACGACGGCGGCGCUCACCGGCACCAUCUUCCUCCUUUACAAGAACCCCAGGGUCCUGGCGAAACUCCGCGAGGAACUCGAUCCCGUCAUGCGCAACCGCGACGUGCCCCUCUACGACAGUGUUGCCCACCUGCCCUAUCUCCGCGCAUGCAUCGAGGAAUCCCUUCGCGUGCGCCCCGCCAGCACGAUGGGUCUGCCCCGAGUCGUUCCUGCGGGCGGCCGAAUGAUUGCCGGCAAAUUCAUCGACGAAGGCGUCACCGUCUCGGUGCCCACGUACACCCUGCUCCGCGACCCCGAGGCGUUUGAGAAUCCAGAUAUGUUUGACCCGGACAGAUGGAUCAAUGGUGACAGAGCGAAGAUGUCAAAGGCGCAUCUGCCGUUCAGCAUUGGGCCAAGAGCGUGUAUUGGAAGGAACAUUGCCUAUUUUGAGCAGAUCAUCCUGAUUGCCACGUUGACGCACCUUUACGACUUCGAGUUGCCCUCUGAAGACUUCGAACUGGGCAUCAUUGAGAGAUUCAAUGCCAAUCCAGAUGAGCUGAUCGUGAAAUGUCGACGAAGACCUACUACACGUGGUUAGAAGCAUCAACGAUUUGUCCCGAGUGUUCGUGUGUAUGUUGACCGUGGCCCACUUGAGAGGAAACGAUAAUCCGAGAGAUGAUAUAUGAGAAGCGGUUUGAUGCUGGGUUAUCAACGAAUGAUAAUUCUGAGGAACGCUGGUGGCGGUGGGUGCGUGUCGAUGACAUAUGUGGAGCUGCGACGGUAUCAUGGGACCCAACUCUUCACACCGUCAAGUCACCGGACCAUAGGCUGCGCAGCGUAGCAGUUCUCUGGGGGAAAUCCAGGGUUUCAAGACACUGUCAGGUAUUUGAUCGACGUAGCACUGCCGGAAGAUAAUCACAAAUUGGAACGACCGGCGUUUG